AUGCAUCUCAACUUUGCUAUCCUGUCUCUUCCCUUCCUCCUUCCCACCGUCUCGGCCACUGUUUGCUCAGGCUAUGCCUAUGCCCAGUUCACCGAUGUCAGCAGCACCGGCUGGUCCUACACCGCGAGUGACGAUUGUACAGUCGUGGCUUCGACUUACUCUUCUGACUCGGUCACAGUUGAUGGCACCACCUACUCUUGUGUCAGCGUUGACACACCUGGAACUCGCGGUACUACAGACAACCAACUGAGCGGGAAAUCGCCUUCCCUCUGCUGCAACUAA